AUGAAUACUUGUGCUACUGGAGGUGGAGGUGGAGGUGGAGGUGGGGCUGCUGGGAUGACGGGGAUGAGGUCACCUUUCACAGUGUCUCAGUGGCAAGAGCUGGAGCAUCAGGCUCUGAUCUUCAAGUAUAUGAUGGCAGGCAUGCCCGUGCCUCCUGAUCUCGUGCUUCCUAUUCAGAAGAGUUUUGAGUCCAUUUCUCAAAGAUUCUUCCACCAUCCUACCAUGGGUUAUUGUUCCUUCUACGGGAAGAAGGUGGACCCCGAACCGGGACGCUGUAGAAGGACUGACGGAAAGAAGUGGAGGUGCUCCAAGGAUGCAUACCCGGACUCCAAGUACUGUGAGCGCCACAUGCACCGUGGCCGCAACCGUUCAAGAAAGCCUGUGGAAUCACAAACCAUGACACAGUCAUCGUCCACUGUGACAUCAUUGACUGUCACUGCAAGCAGCAGUGGAACUGGGAGCUUCCAGAACCUUCCACUGAAUGCCUUUGGUAACACCCAAGGAACUAGUUCCGGAACCAAUCAGUCUCAUUAUCAGAUAGACUCCAUUCCUUUUGGAAUCCCAAACAAAGAUUAUAGGUAUCUUCAAGGACUUAAACCCGAGAUUGGUGAGCAUAGUUUCUUGUCUGAUGCUUCAGGAAGCAACAGGGGUCUCCAGAUGGACUCACCACUAGACAGCACAUGGCCUCUGAUGCCAUCCAGAGUUGGCUCAUUUCCCGCAUCAAAAUCGGGUGAUGGCUCCAUUUUGCAUCAUAAUUAUCCACAGCAUUCAUUUUUCAAUAAUGCAUUCCCCUCAGAAUCUGUGAAACAGGAAGGUCAAUCUCUCCGACCUUUCUUUGACGAGUGGCCUAAAGGCAGGGAUUCCUGGUCUGGUCUUGAGGAUGAGAGAUCCAACCAGACCUCAUUCUCUACCACCCAGCUCUCAAUAUCAAUUCCAAUGACUUCAUCUGACAUCUCUGCAACAAGUUCUCGAUCCCCACGUGUUGAGAGGAGAAUCAUGCUUUGGGAAUUCCAGGCUUGGGAAAGUCGUAUGAUAUGCUUCAGAGAGUGCUUGAAGAAACACUAG